UUGAGAUCACUAAGAAUAUUCUGUUCUACGCGUAAGGUUGCAACUAACACUUCUAAAAUGAAUAUCUUUAUUACAGCAGGGACGUUUUGCAUUUUGAUAACUAUAUGUGAGCAUUUUGUCACAGUCGAGGCAGCAUCAGGCGAAUGGCAUUUAAAGCUGGAGACCCUGCCAGUGAAUGGUUCAGACGAUGUAGUGCCAAAACAGGGCGUAUCCGGGAACGAGCAGCGUAAUGGCGACGGAGCCGUUGACUGUGGUGAAGGUUAUUAUUGCCGAACCGGUACGUACUGCUGUUAUAACGGAGGUUGCUGUAAAGACGGCUAUGAAUGCUGCAGCGCCGACAGAUGCUGCCCCAAUACCAGUGCUGCAGGACUGACAAGGUCGACACUGGGAAACAUCAUGAUGCUGCUGUGCUGCAUCGCUGGCCACGCCAUUGCAAGCAUGAAAAAAAACACACACAACAAUUUCAUAUAAGAUUAAACGUGAUAAGUCAUGCUGAGUAGUUAGUAGUUUGUACAUAUAUUUCGGUUAGCAUUAGGAGCUUUAGCCUGCACGGCUGUUGAAGAAUUCACUUGUCGCGGGGUUACCUCGAUAAUAUUUUCUUAAAUAAGGUACUGUUAUACAGCUUUGUUCACUGAUUGAUUUCGAAAAUGUAGUAUGUUUUAUGAUUGAAA